AUGUCUCAUGGUGUCGAAGAAGGUGAUGACUCAGUCAUGCAUUACGAGGAUGAAGCUCCUGCCGUGGUGAUCGCUCCUGCGCCGGCGGAGGCAGCUGUCGUGGAGGAAGCGAAGGUUGAGGAAGCUCCUGCGGCGGUGAUCGCUCCUGCGGUGGUGAUCGCUCCAGCGCCGGCGGAGGCAGCUGUCGUGGAGGAAGUCGUCCCUCGAUACCCGGCUCCCCAGGAGGUGGUUACAGCUUUGGCUCGGGUGAACGAAACCAUCCAUGCCGUCGAUACCUUUUUGGCGCAGAUCGACCAAGUUCCAGCUCCUGAGGAGCGGAUGUUUGUCUCGGUAUACCUCGACCCGGCUUUCCUCAACCGGCUUCACAGGGGAUCCACUCUGGAGAGCGCAACGGCUCGUAGAGAACUUGAGAAGAUGUUCUUGGAUGCGAUUGAAGCUGAGUUGGCGAAGCAGGGGGGCGACGGAGGAGCUGGCGGAGGUGUGAACGGCGGAGGAAAUGGGGACGACGGCGGAGCUGGCGGAGGAGUCGGCGGUGCUGUCUCCAACAACGGUUGAUCGUGGUGCAACGUUUUCGUUAAUAAUGGGCCUUGGGUAUACGAUCCGAGCGUAAUCGCAUCAAUAGAUACGCGACCACCUGAUAUAGAAGGCGAAAAUGGGAGGGAAAGAAUGGCAUUUUUUUAGUCUACGCGACCGAAAGUACCCGACGGGUGUGAGAACAAAUCGGGCGACGAAUACAGGAUACUGGAAAACUACAGGAAAAGACAAAGAGAUAUUCAAUAGCACAACCUCAGAGUUGGUCGGAAUGAAGAAGCUACAAAGAUAUCUAUCCAUUGGCUUCACCAGACACCUCACCUAUCAAUAAUCGAGAGAAGCUACAACACAAAGUCACAAAUACACAAUCUAUAAACCGUCUUUUCCAGCAGGAAAUUUUGUGUUCUUUGUUGAUAUUUGCAAAAUAAAACAUUGCUGAUGAGACCAAUCAAAGUUUCUUUAAAUCUAAAGAGUAAGAAACAAAGGGUACACACACACAUACAUAUAAAGAGAAGAAACCUUAAGCCGAAGAAGAAGCAGCAGAUGAAUCACUCAAGGACGUGGCGUUGGUGUCGAUAAUUCGUUUCUUCCUCUCUUCCUCAUACUCAGCAUCAUCAGUCUUAAGCUGAAACCUACAAACAGGACAAGAGUUCCUCGUCCCUAACCACGGUAAAAUACAAUUACCAUGGUAACAAUGCCCACACGGUAACUUCUUAACAGUUUCACCAACAACCAUCGCAUCUUUACACACCGCACAAACUUCAGAAGAGCCACCAACCUCGUAACUCUCUAACUCCUCAAUCGCCGAUUUAGCAGCCGGCGGCGCUCCUCUCCUCCCACCACCACCGCCGCCGUCUCCGUCAGCUAGAUUCUGGAGAAGCGCCUCGUAAUUAGCUCCGUCGUCGACGUAAUCAGAUGAAUUUAGAGUGUACCGAUCUGAAUUGUCUUCGAUUCCCAUUAGAAUCUCGGCCCAAUCGAGAAUCCGGUUACGUCCGGUUAUCGAUCGGCUCGUGAUCGGGAUUACAUCUUCUUCUUCUUCCUCUUCCUCUUCCUCUUCUUCCUCCUCCUCGUCUUCGAUUUCGAUUUCGU